UCAUGCUGCUGCCAGGUCCAGAGUGUCUCAUGGGUCCCUGUACGGCCUCCCAUUGCUGCUGUCUCCAUCGCCACACUCUGCCAUGUGCCACUUUCAGGUCUCCUCACACUGCUGGUGGGUUCCAUUUUGUCAUAGGGUGCUGGCAGAUUACGGGCCUCCCAUUGCUGCUGCCAGGCCCGUAAUCUGCCAUGGGCCCCCAUACCGACUCCUCAUGCUGCUGCCAGGUCCAGAGUGUCUCAUGGGUCCCUGUACGGCCUCCCAUUGCUGCUGUCUCCAUCGCCACACUCUGCCAUGUGCUACUUUCAGGUCUCCUCACACUGCUGGUGGGUUCCAUUUUGUCAUAGGGUGCUGUAUGGCCUCCCAUUGCUGCUGCCUCCACCGCCACACUGUGGCUCCACACUCUGGUUUUGGCCCCGUGACUGCCCAAAUGAGUGAAGUGUGCGGUGAUUCUAAGAUCAACGGCACUCAUCUGCAUGUCAUACUG